UACUUGGUCACAUGAUCCAGUGUCCCUGAAAACAUGUCGCUACACUUUACAGAGGAGGAAUUCCAAUCGGCAUGGAAAGAGCUGGACGAACCUCAGCUGGAUGGAGGCUGGGAGUUUUUCACCGAGACUAUGGGAGUUAAAAUACACCGGCGGUUUGAUAAGAACACUGGUCUGUACGAGUAUAAGGUGUUCGGCGUGCUGGCCACCUGUACCCCGGAACUGUGUGCUGACGUAUACAUGGACCUGGCCUAUAGGAAGCAGUGGGACAGUUACGUCAAAGAACUGCAUGAGAAGGAGUAUGAGGGUCAGAAAGCCAUCUACUGGGAGGUGAAGUACCCCUUCCCUUUAUCCAACAGAGAUUAUGUGUACGUGAGGGAGCGCAGGGACCUGGAUGUGGAGGGACGGCACAUCUGGGUGGUGAUAGCCAAGAGUGCCCCGGAGACGCCCUGCCCGGAGAGGAGUGGGGUGCUCAGGGUCAAGGACUACAAACAGACUGUAGCCAUGGAGACCGACGGGGCAUGCGGAACCAAAGUGUUCAUGAACUACUUUGACAACCCCGGGGGUAUGAUCCCUACCUGGCUGGUCAACUGGGCUGCCAAGAGUGGUGUUCCCUCCUUUCUGACCGACAUGCAGAAGGCCUGUAGCUCUUACUCCAGCUACUGCAUGAAGAACAGCAAGUAACCGCCCAGCCGUCUCCGCGGCGAUGAUAACUAUGGUGAUUGUCUCCACAAUGAUCCAUGUCCUCUGUACGGAUUGUCUGGGUCGUCAAUACCCCCCCCCUCCCCCCUCCACACCUUUUGUAGGGUUUUCAUCCAAAUCUUGUACUACUACUUUGAAUGUGUAGGGGCAUUUGGGUUAUUGUAAUAGUUUAGUUAUGAGUGAGGAAUGCUGUAAAGUUGACCUGGUGAUCGAGGUUGCAUGUUUUAUAAUCUGAGUUGAAUGAUCAAAUGAGACAUUACAAUACUUGACUUUGCUCAUAUGCAAUACUACAAUCCAUGUUUGCAUCGGAUGCAACAAAUGAAAACAUUCAUAAAUAUGAAUGGUUAAUUAACAAAUGUUAUUACAAUAAUCAAAAGCUGUAUUGCUGUAUAUAUGUCAGUACUGUAUCUCAUAUAGAUAUUGUCAAUCCUGUUUGUCUUUUAAUUGUUACUGUAUACACGUUCUGUAUUGAUAUGUGCAAUUACUUUUCCUUUAACUUGUUCUUGAAUUGUUUGAUAACUUUGAUAAUCGCAAUAUGUUAAUCUGAAUGAUGGAGAAAAAAAAAUAUAUAUAUUCGUUGACGAAAUGAAUGAAUUACAUUAUAUUUUUGCACAGAGAUUCGAUCGAAACUGUUACUGCCUGCAAAGAACAUGUCAAAUGCACUGAAACAUAUAACUCCUUUACGUUUAACCUUUGGUAACCAAGUCAAUCGAGUUGCACCUUGAAAGAGCUAGGUAACCUUUUUUUACCCUGUAGUUGAUAGGUAAUGUACCAACCAAUGUGCUCUUGACCAUGAAAGGUAUUACUGUGUAAUAAAUUGAAAUUGAAUACGUU